GAAACAAGUGCUGAGACGCAGCCAACCAAAUCAAAGCAGCCAUAGAGUCCCGAGCCGGUCUUCACGCUGAGCGCGUGCGAAAUUUUUCCAUGAACUUCAAACCCUCUCUCUGAAUCCUACCUAAAUCCUGAUAAAUUAUCAUUUCCUUCAAAAUUUAAAAUCGCCUCAUCUCUCCAACCAUUGGAAUUAUCGACUGAUAAAAAAUGCAUGAGCAAGGGGAGCAUGUGGCUGAGAAGUUGCUGAACAAUAUAAUGGAGAGCUUUGCUGAUGGUGGAUCGAAGCAAAAGAGGUUCUUUGAUGAGGGGACUUCAGUAUCGACUCAAAUGAACAAGCUUUUUGGGCGGCAGAAGUCUGUUCACCACAUCUUGGGCGGUGGAAAAUCUGCUGAUGUCUUGUUAUGGAGGAGCAAGAAGAUAUCUUCUAGUGUUUUGGUUGGGGCAACGGCGGUCUGGGUGCUCUUUGAGUGGCUCAAUUACCAUUUCUUAACUAUUGUUUGCUUUGGUUUGGUCAUUGGCAUGCUCAUUCAGUUUGUUUGGUCUAAUGCUUCAGGCCUAGUGAAUAGGUCAACAUCGGAGGUGCCUAGAUUUGUUUUGCCUGAUGACCUGUUCGUGAAUAUUGCCAUGUCGAUUGGUGCCCAAAUCAAUCAGUUUUUGGGGUUCAUUCAGGAUGUGGCUUGUGGGAGGAACUUGAAGCAGUUUGUUAUGGUUGUCGCUGGCUUAUGGGCUGCUGCUAUCAUAGGGAGCUGGUGCAAUUUUCUGACUGUUCUUUACAUUGGGUUUAUUUCUGCUCAUACUCUACCGGUGCUUUAUGAGAGGUACGAAGAUCAGGUUGAUGACUUGGUCUACAAUCUCCUAGGGCAGUUUCAGAAUCACUACAGGAAGCUGGAUGAAGGCGUAUUGAGCAAAAUACCAAAGGGAAACCUCAAGUCCAAGAAAACCGAUUAAGUUUAGUUAUCCUUUGCCAGCAAAAUAUUCAAAAAAUUGUCAUCCUAGACUUAUUCUGCUGCUAUUUAUUCUGUCAUAGAUGAUAUCUAUAUUAAUAGAUGUUGGAUAUUUUUUUAAGAACGAAGUAGAUGUUGGAUAUUAUCUACUGUAAAUUCAUUUUCGUUUCACCUAGAUGAAUUUACUGCUCAAGUCAGCAUUUAAACCUAUUAAUGCAUUCUAUCUGUUAUAUAUUCUGAA